AAAAUCGUAAACUCAAUUUGUUUUGGGUGUGAGCAUAUAUAUACCUAAGACUUCUGUUUCUCCCUCCGACCUUGUUUGGCUUCGACGGUUUUGCUGGCGAACUAUCUGCGUAGAGGGAAUCGCUCAGUGAUAGAGUGUGGUUUGAGAGGAGUUUUUUGGGGAAGAUGGAGCAUGGGUCUUUCUCGGACAACACCAAAUCAACGUUUUCUUUGGCUGAUGAGGAUCACACGCUCGCGAAUGCCAUCAGAUUCACCUUGAACCAAGAUCCAAGGGUUUCAUUCAGCGGGUAUAGCAUUCCUCAUCCUUCAGAAAAUCGAGUUAAUAUCAGAGUCCAGACAACCGGUGCUCCAGCGGGUGAGGUAAUGAAAGAUGCAUGCCAAGAUUUGAUGAUGAUGUGCCAGCAUGUGAGAAGCACUUUUGACAAGGCUGUUUCUGAUUACAAAAUGAGAAACCCCGAGGAUAUGAAUACCAAUGGUACAGAGAAUGUUUGAUAGGAAUAUGAAAUAGACUUGAACCUUUUGACUUGCAAUCUGUCGUUGAUAUAUUACAUCUGAUCAUCUUUGGAUUUGAUGAGACAAGCUUCAUCAAGUUUACGUAUUUGACCCAAAUUGGCUAGUGCCUUUAUUUAUUUUCAA